UGAGGCAGUAACUUAUAGUUUCCCGGAUUUUAAUUGACACCAUUUCGCGCGAGAUUUCCCGCGCAUGUCAACAUGGCUUUGCUACCGAAACAGGAGUUACAGUUAGACACAGCCCAAGAGCAGGGAUUCCUGUCUUUCUUCAGAAAACUGCCAGAGAAAUCCAGUACCACAUUGCGUGUAUUUGACAGGACAGAAUAUUACACCGUUCAUGGCCAGGAUGCAGUGUUCGUUGCCAAGGAUGUGUACAAGACCACCGGGGUCGUUAAGCACCUGGGUUCAGGAUCAAACAAGGUGGAGUCUGUGGUCCUGAGCAAGAUGAACUUUGAGUCAUUGGUUCGUGACCUGCUGUUGGUCCGGCAAUACAGAGUGGAAGUGUACUGCAAUAAGGGAGCCUCCAAGAACAAUGACUGGUCCCUGGUCUUUAAGGCGUCUCCAGGUAACCUGACACAGUUUGAGGACAUCUUGUUUGGCAACAAUGAAAUGUCAGCUUCCUCUGGUGCCGUGGGCGUGAAGCUGGGUACAGACAAUGGGCAGCGGGUUGUGGGCGUUGGCUUCACAGAUGUCACUCAGAGGAAGUUCACAGUCAGUGAGUUUUCUGACAAUGACCAGUUUUCAAAUCUUGAGGCACUGAUUGUUCAACUGGGCCCCAAGGAGUGUGUGGUGAUGGCAGGGGAGACAACUGGAGAGGGAGGUCGACUGAGACAGGUGCUUGAGAGAAGUGGGUUACUUCUCACAGAGAGAAAGAGAGCUGACUUCUCAAGCAAGGACAUUGUACAAGACCUGAACCGACUCCUGAAGGUGAAGAAGGGAGAACAGCCAAACAGCUCAACUCUCAAUGAGCUUGACAAGACACACGGUACUGCAGCUCUUUCUGCCGUCAUACGGUACCUCGAGCUUCUGUCUGACGAGGGCAACUUUGGCCAGUACACUGUGGGUAGUUUUGAGUUGGGUCAGUACAUGAGACUGGACUCUGCAGCCGUCAGGGCCCUCAACCUGAUGCCCAGUCCCAGUGAAGGAGGCAACAAGAACCAGAGUGUACUGGGUCUGCUCAAUAAGUGCCGGACAGCCCAGGGUCAGCGUCUCUUGGGUCAGUGGGUCAAGCAGCCCCUCAUGGACGUCAACAGAAUAGAGGAACGUCUCAAUGUCGUGGAGGCUGUAGUUGAGGAUGCGGAGCUGCGGCAGACGCUGCAGGAAGAUCAGCUCCGUCGCAUGCCAGACUUUCAGCGUUUGGCCAAGAAGUUCCAACGCCAGAAGGCAACACUACAGGACUGCUACCGAGUGUACCAGGCGAUUGACAAGAUGCCGCAGUUGCUGGAGACGUUGGAGCGCCACUCCGGCACUCAUCAGCCACUCCUCAUGGAACUCUUCACUAACCCACUCAAGGAGCUGCUGAUGGACUUCUCCAAGUUCCAGGAGAUGGUGGAGACAACACUGGACCUGCAGCAAGUAGAGCAUCAUGAGUAUCUCAUCAAACCUGACUUCGACGAGAACCUCACAGCUCUCCCCGAGAAGAUUGAUGACUUGGAGGGUCAGAUCAAGGGACAGAUGAAUAGGGUGGCCAGAGAUCUGGGUCUGGAAGCUAACAAGACUCUGAAACUGGAGAGCAACUCUCAGCUGGGCUACUUCUUCCGAGUGACAAGGAAAGAUGAGAAGUCGCUGCGUAACAACAAGAACUACCGCACUAUCGACACCAACAAGAAUGGUGUUCGCUUUCACAACACCGCAGUACGUCAAUUGAAUGAGGAAUACCUGCAAGCAAAGGAGGAAUACACGGAACAACAGAAGAGCGUUGUCACAGAGAUCAUUAACAUCGCAGCUGGCUACGUUGAUCCCAUGCUGCUGAUCAACGACAACAUCGCACAGCUGGACGUCCUCGUCAGCUUUGCACACGUCGCCUGCAGUGCCCCUAUCCCUUACGUCAGACCAACUAUUCAUGCGAAAGGUGGAGCUGCACUGCGGCUGAUGGAGGCACGACACCCGUGUCUAGAGAUGCAGGAUGAUGUGUCGUAUAUCCCCAAUGAUGUCUCCUUCGUUAGAGACAAGGAAAUGUUUCACAUCAUCACAGGUCCGAAUAUGGGGGGCAAGUCCACGUAUAUCAGAUCGAUAGGUGUCAUUGUGUUGAUGGCCCAGUUGGGCUGCUUCGUCCCAUGUGAGGAGGCAGAGAUUUCAGUGGUGGACAGUAUCCUGGCCCGUGUGGGGGCGGGGGACAGUCAGCUAAAGGGUGUGUCCACCUUCAUGGCAGAGAUGCUGGAAACUGCCUCCAUACUGAGGUCAGCAUCUGAGAACUCACUAAUAAUCAUCGAUGAACUGGGACGUGGUACGUCGACAUAUGAUGGCUUCGGUCUGGCAUGGGCAAUCUCAGAGAACAUUGCAACAAAGAUCAAGGCAUUCUGUUUAUUUGCGACUCACUUCCAUGAGUUGACUGCACUGGCUGAUGUCGUCCCAACUGUAACCAACCGUCAUGUGACUGCCCUCACCACUAAUGACACCCUAACACUGCUGUACAGAGUCAAGUCUGGUGUGUGUGACCAGAGUUUCGGGAUCCACGUGGCGGAGUUGGCACACUUCCCCAAGCAUGUGAUAGAGUUUGCCAAGACGAAGGCGAGCGAGCUUGAAGACUACCAGUCUAUCAGCCUCACCGGCACGGACCUAGAUGGGGACUCAGAACCAGCUGUCAAGAAACGCAAGUGUGCCAAACAGGAUGGAGAACAACUCAUACAGGACUUCAUCAGCAAGGUCAAGGCCAUUCCUGUGUCAACCAUAAGUGAUGCAGAGAUCCUGAAGGAGGUGGGGAAGCUGAAGGCGGAGUUGGAAGCUAAGGACAACCCAUACAUCACAGACCUCUUGGCUCGGAAACAGAAUACAUAGUGACAUUGAACACCUUUCCCUUGUACAUUGUAUAUAUAGGCAUCAUUAAACAUCUUCAUCAGUG